UAAGCUGUGUUUAAUAUCUAGGGUGUUUUGAGGUUUUAAUUUUGUAAUGAAAGAAUAGGUGUGAGUGGAAAUGACGUCAAAACCCGUAAAUUAUAAUAAAGGAGCGAAUAUGUGAAUACGGUAUAUAAACAGUCAUGGAGUUCCGGUCCUAGCGAAAGUUUCGGUUGGAUUUUAAGAUGAAUGUUAGCCGUCUCGCGAAAUGCAUUAUUUUUCUACUGUGGAUUCUACAGAAUGUGCUAGGUAUUGUCCAGGAUUAUGUGGACCAUGGGGGAAAUACUCUCCAGUAUCACAGACGGCAUGGGGCGAGAUUGGUCGACCCCGCGGGAAGAUCGUCACUCUGGCGAAAUAACAUACCAGGAGCGACCGUUAACGACGACGAUGACCAGCAGAAUUGUGGAGGAGUACAGGUACAUUGGUACGAAAACAACGGCCGGUGUGGAAUUUGUGGGGACUCUUGGAGAGGUCCACGGAAUCACGAGCCGGGAGGAAUAUAUUUCAACAGGAACGCCAUCUCCAAAACGUAUACGAAAAAUUCAACUAUAUUGGUGUCAGUAAAUAUAACAGAAAAUUUGCUAGGAUGGUUUGAGUUUCGAAUAGCUCCAUACACUGAACUCAUCCGGAACGUGACACAGCAGGAUUUGGACACUCGUGUCCUCCGGAUUAGUGGCGUGGGCGUGAUCCGGUACCGGAUAAGGAGUAAAAACAUCCACAUUGUCCCCCUUCAACUUCCGGCGGAUCUUGUAUGUGACAAAUGCGUCCUGCAAUGGAGAUAUCACACUGGUGUUCUAUGGGGAUGUGACUCAGAAGACAGAGGGUCGUGCUGUUUCGGAUGUGGAAGAAUUCAGGAAGAGUUUUACGGAUGUGCAGAUGUCAGCGUCGUCGAUAGAUCUAAAUUCUCUGUCAAUUCGUCCGAUAAAACACACACACGUGAUAGAUUGGGUGUUUCCUCGUACCAGAAGUGGUGGUGUAUGAGUCAAUGCGAGGGCGCGGAGUGUAUCUUCCCUCCUUGUGAGUCGACACACCGGAAACGUGCUCGGCGCAGGCGUACUGUGGGGUUGAUACAGUGUCGUGCCACGGGCAGGUAUUACGGCAACCUCGGCUUGGAUGAUUGGUGCGCUGUCAAUUGUAGGGAGAGCUUUUGUCCGCCAGACUACUGCAUGUGUACCACGGUACCAACACCUUCAACGACGACGACGACAACCACAACGACGACAACGACGACGACGAAACCUACAACUACGACGACAACAGAACCACCAAUAAAAAACGGAACAUUGGACUCCCGUCUAAAGCAGCUGUCGGACGAAUUUUGUGCCUAUUGCGGAAGUGAUGUGAACUGCAUCAAUUUAUUUUGUAAGUAA